CCCGCGCGCGCGCGUGCAGAGCGGAGCGACUCCCACAAUGCACUAGGGGGUGGCCCCGGCAAGCGCCUGCUCCGCUCCUCCCCUCCCCUCCCCUCCCUGCAGCGCCGGGAGGGGCCCGCGCGGUGGCGGCCCAGAUCCAGCCUGUGACAAUACCUGGGAAGAGUAUGAAUGUUUCAGAGAACUGGCUGUUCAAUGGUUCCUCAAUAGCAUCUCAAGUUCAUGCUGCUGCUAUUAAUGGAGAUAAGGGUGCCCUCCAAAAGCUAAUAGCAGGAAACCCUGAGCUGAAAGAUAAAGAAGACCAGUUUGGGAGGACUCCACUCAUGUACUGUGUGUUGGCUGACAGGUUAGAUUGUGCUGAGGCCUUGCUGAAGGCAGGAGUAGGUAUUAAUAAAGCUGAUCAUAGCCAGAGAACUGCUCUCCAUCUUGCUGCACAAAAGGGAAAUUAUCGCUUGAUGAAACUUUUACUUGCUCGUAGAGCAAACUGGAUGCAAAAGGAUUUAGAAGAAAUGACGCCUUUACAUUUAACUACCCGCCACAAGAGUCCCAAGUGCUUAGCUUUGUUACUAAAAUACAUGGCCCCAGGAGAAGUGGAUACGCAGGACAGAAACAAGCAAACUGCUCUGCACUGGAGUGCCUACUACAAUAACCCAGAGCAUGUGAAACUUCUCAUAAAACACGAUUCUAAUAUUGGAAUCCCUGAUAUUGAAGGCAAAAUCCCACUUCAUUGGGCAGCUAACCACAAGGAUCCCAGUGCAAUUCUAACAGUCAAAUGUAUUCUGGAUGCUGCUCCCACAGAAUCUUUAUUGAACUGGCAGGACUAUGAAGGACGAACCCCCCUUCAUUUUGCAGUUGCUGAUGGGAAUGUGGCAGUGGUUGAUGUCCUGACCUCUUAUGAUGGCUGCAAUGUGACAUCUUAUGACAACCUCUUUCGAACUCCUCUUCACUGGGCAGCUUUACUGGGCCAUGCACAGAUUGUCCAUCUCCUGUUAGAAAGAAAUAAGUUUGGAACAAUCCCAUCUGAUAGCCAAGGGGCAACACCCUUACAUUAUGCAGCACAGAGCAACUUUGCUGAAACAGUUGAAGUAUUUUUGAAACAUCCCUCAGUGAAAGAUGACUCAGAUCUUGAGGGAAGAACAUCCUUUAUGUGGGCAGCUGGGAAAGGCAGUGAUGAUGUCAUCAGGAUUAUGCUGAGUUUAAAAUUGGACAUUGAUAUCAAUAUGGCAGAUAAAUAUGCUGGCACAGCAUUACAUGCUGCUGCCCUCUCCGGCCAUGUCUGCACUGUGAAAUUGCUCUUAGAACAUAAUGCACAGGUAGAUGCAACUGAUGUAAUGAAGCAUACUCCACUUUUCCGAGCCUGCGAGAUGGGACACAAAGAAGUGAUACAGACCCUCAUUAAAGGGGGAGCCAGAGUAGAUUUGGUUGAUCAAGAUGGUCAUUCUCCCCUUCACUGGGCAGCUCUGGGUGGAAAUGCUGAUGUAUGUCAAAUUUUGAUAGAAAAUAAAAUCAACCCAAAUGUGCAGGAUUAUGCAGGUAGAACUCCCUUGCAGUGUGCUGCAUAUGGGGGCUAUAUUAACUGCAUGAUCGUGUUACUGGAAAAUAACGCAGAUCCAAAUAUUCAAGAUAAAGAGGGAAGGACUGCUUUACAUUGGCUGUGUAACAAUGGCUAUCUUGAUGCUAUAAAGUUGCUGCUGGGUUUUGAUGCUUUCCCUAAUCACAUGGAGAACAAUGAAGAGAGAUACACACCACUUGAUUAUGCUUUGCUUGGAGAACACCAUGAGGUGAUUCAGUUUAUGUUAGAACAUGGCGCUCUGUCUAUAGCUGCCAUACAGGACAUUGCUGCCUUCAAAAUCCAAGCUGUCUACAAAGGAUAUAAGGUUAGAAAGGCUUUCCAAGACAGAAAAAAUCUUCUAAUGAAGCAUGAACAGCUGAGAAAAGAUGCUGCUGCCAAGAAACGUGAAGAAGAAAAUAAGAGGAAAGAAGCAGAACUGCUGAAGGGAAUGCAGAACCUGGUACUCAAUAGGGUGCAAGUACAGCCACAUCCAGCAAAAAGAGAGAAGAGUAACAGAACUCCUAGCACUCCACAGCUGUCCAGUAAACAAAUGGAUGGGCAUAGUUGUAGGCUUCUCUGCAGUAGCAUUUCUGAAAACCAGGCAUGGAAAAACAAUAGAGGAUCACCUCCAACCUCUCAAAACAAAACACCAAAGGAAAAAUGUCUGUCUGCAGAACUACUGGGUGAAGAUCAGAAAAACCAAAAAGAAUUAUCUAGAAAACACACCAAAAGCAAGACAGCUUGUGUCCAUUUCCAUUGUGGUAAAGAAAAUGAUGGAGCCAAAGUUGAAGCUAACCAUCAAGUUGUGGCGGCUACAGAGUGGUAUGGUGAAAAGCACAAGGAGCAGACUGCAAGCGCGAAAGGCUUAGCACACGGCAACGAAAAGCACAUCCCUUGUUGUAACACAGCCAGUGCUGGGGAGAAAUUAGCAGAUCAAAGUCAUUCUAUAGCUGGCAACAGAAGCCAUUGUGAAGGAACAAUAGGGUGCUUGCAGAAUAUUAACUGCACUGAUGGAAACUCAAGGAAUUCAAGGCAGUGUGAAACUCUAUCAAAAGGCAAACCGCGCACGCUGAAAGCAAGAAAUAAAGAGUUAAACAGUGAGAGAUGUUCCCCAGCUGGCUCCAGUAGACCCGGCAGUGCAAAAAUGAGAUUUGUAAACAUCAGAAAUGACAGUUCACAUGCUGUAGUACAAAUUAACAAUGUGGCAAAUAAUGAAUUAGCAAACAAGACCUGCCCUUUACUGUCCAUCAAAGCAGGAACUACAAGACCUGUGCCAAGUGAUCCAGUAGCACACACUAUUUUUGAUGACAGUCUGAACUUGGAAAAAAUAGAUAUAACGGGGUCCAAGAAUGCAGAUGAUCAAUUAUGUUCCCAUCUCACAUGUCAGAGUAUGAAUAUUGAACUUAUCCCAUUAGAGAUCCGUAUGCAGAUAAUAGAAAAGGAAAGAACAAGAAAGGAGCUAUUUCGGAAGAAGAACUAUGCUGCUACUGUUAUUCAGAGGACAUGGAGAAGUUACCAGCUAAGACAGAAGUUGGUCCAGCUUUUUAGUGCUGAGCGGCAGUGCAAAGAAGAUGAAGACAAAUGGAAACAAGAGACAGCUGCUUUUUUCAUCCAGGUCGCUUGGAAGAAACAGCUGAACCAUGGCCCUCUGAAAUCAGUGUCUUCAUGUAAAAACCUAAAAUCUAUAAAUAAAAGCAACUCAGCCAUAAAAACAAGCAAGCAAUCCAUCCUUAAGCAGAUAUAUGGGCGUUCUCAAGAAGGAAAAGUUUGCCAUCCAGCAAGACCUUCUUCAAAGCAUAAGCUUUCUGAUGUUCACAUGAUCUCAGUAAGCAACCUGCAGUAUGUUCAUCUGCUGGAGAAUGAAGGAAAAUUGAAGCAGUUUUCAUACAACAUGAGACCAACCACUGCUGCAAAGUCAAAAACCAAAAGACCCAAGCAUUAAGCAAAGCUGAGAAGUAGUAAUAGGGAACCUGAGACCAAUUUAAAGACUACUCCCCGGUUUUACAGGGAUGUAUGAAAUCUUUUUUGUAAUUAAAAAAAUAUACAAAAUAUUAAGCUAACACAAGUAUUUUCCAUUCUUGUAUUAUCUUGGUGCUGUAAUGCCAAACCAGACUUCCAGGGAGUUGAACUCAUUUCAUGUACCAAUGAAAUGUAGAAUUAAAGAGUAAUUUAUUUACUGA